GCCUCCACACUGCUGCAGCGCUAGCCGAAGGAAGCGGCUCGACUUUUUGAGGAAGCUUUCUCCAAACGUUUCGAGGCUCCAGUGUGUACGGGACCUGACGUAACGCGGUAGUGGGGCUGGCUCUCCUCCACUUUGCCUGCAUUCAUAAACGGAUAUGAUAAACCAGCGCUGAAUGCACCGGAGCAGCGACAACAGGCAGCCCUGACCAUGGCGGAAGAGGACGACGCUAGGAUUCGGAUUUUACAGAGUCUGCGGGGGAAAAUAUGUGAAGCUAAAAACCUGGGUCCAGUUUCGGGUCCAAAUCGACAAAGAGAUCUCUGCACCUUUUGCACCAUAAGUCUGGAUCAAGAGGAGGUGUUCCGAACCAAGGUGUUUGACAAAAGCGUCAGCCCCUUCUACGGAGAAGACUUUUACUUCGAGAUCCCACGCCCAUUUCAGUGUUUAUCCUUCUAUGUUUAUGCCAAGAGCGUUUUUCAAAGGGACCUACCUGUUGGCAAGGUGUCGAUCCGGAAGGAUGAUCUGUGUAAAUACAGUGGGAAGGAGCACUGGUUUAGCCUUCAUCCUGUAGAUCCUAACUCAGAAGUCCAGGGUAAGGUUCACCUGGAGAUGCGACUUAAUGAAGUGAUCACAGAGAACGGCUCAUUAGGUCAACACUUAGUAGUCCGAAUAAUAGAGUGCAAAGAACUGCCUUUGAUCAGUGGACAGAACUGUGACCCCUAUGCCACCGUGUCACUCGUCGGACCUGCCAGGUCUGACCAAAAGAAAACAAAGGUAAAGAAGAAAACCAGCAACCCUCAGUUUGAAGAGACCUUCUUCUUUGAGGUAACACGGUCCAGCAGCUACUCUAAAAAGUCUCAUUUCCAAGUGGAGGACGAAGACAUUGAAAAACUUGAGAUAAAAGUUGAUCUGUGGAACAAUGAGAAUCUGGCUCAGGAUGUGUUUCUGGGGGAAACGCGGGUCCCUGUCAAGAUCCUGCGAAAUGACCACAUCCACAAAGCCUGGUAUCUCCUCCAGCCCAAAGGGAACGGCAGUAAGUCAAAGUCUGAUGAUUUAGGAUCCUUGCGGUUGAAGCUGACCUACAUAGAAGACACAGUGCUGCCAUCUGCCUGCUACACACCACUCUGCAGCCUGCUGCUCAAAUCCCCCGAUGCGAAGCCCAUUUCAGCAUCAGCAGCACACAUCUUGGGGGACAUCUGCAGAGAGCGAUACGAGGCUGUUCUGCCAAUGGUUCGACUGCUGCUCCACCACAAUCGCUUUGUGCCUUUUGUCUCUGCUGUGGCAGCACUAGAGCUGGACAACACUCAGGAGGCUAACACUAUAUUCCGGGGCAACUCACUGGCAACACGCUGCAUUGAUGACAUGAUGAAGAUUGUGGGAAAGAAUUACCUAGCAGUUACCCUGAAGCCAGUAAUAGACGAGAUUUGUGAUUCCAACAAAACAUGCGAGAUAGACCCCAAUAAACUAAAGGAAGGUGACAAUGUGGAGGUCAACAAGGAAAACCUUCAGGUUUAUGUCCAGAAAGUCUUUUCCUCCAUCACUCAGUCCAGUUCUAGCUGCCCCCCACUGAUGUGUGAUGUCUUCAGGUCUCUGAGACACUUGGCCUGCAAACGCUUCCCAGGUGACCCACAUGUUCAGUACUCGGCUGUUAGCAGCUUUGUGUUCCUGCGCUUUUUUGCUGUUGCUGUUCUUUCUCCCCACUCUUUCCAACUUCGAUCCCAUCAUCCUGAUCCAGAGAUUUCCCGCACACUCACUCUCAUCUCAAAAACCAUUCAGACUCUCGGCAGCUGGGGCAGUUUGUCAAAAAAACUGUCCAGCUUCAAAGAAACCUACAUGUAUGACUUCUUCAAAUCAUUCCAAGAAGACAAAUGUAUCGAAAAAGUUAAAAAGUUUCUCGAUGAAAUCUCCUCAAACGUCAGCAAAGAGUCCAGUGGACUAGAGGACGCUGUGGUUCUCAAAGAGGGGGAGGUACAGAAACGUGCUCAGGGGAGAAAACGCCUUGGCAAGAGAAACUUUAAGAAGAGAUGGCUGAGAGUGACCAACAGGGAGCUCUCCUAUCACAAACAUAAAGGGAAAGAGGCCCUCUGCACCAUCAGUGUCAAAAAUAUCCAGGCGGUGGAGAAGCUGGAUGAAAGUGCCUUUAACCGCAAAAAUAUGUUUCAGGUCGUCCACUCUGAGAAGCCUCUGUAUGUUCAGGCAGGAAACUGUGUGGAAGCCAGCGAGUGGUUGGAGGUCCUUGGCCAGGUCACUCGCUGCAACGAGGGACGCCUGGCCACUUUCCAUCCAUCAAAUUACACCAGUGGAGCCUGGCAGUGCUGCAAAAGCCAGAGCAACAGUGCUCCAGGCUGUAAACCCUGCACAACCACCAUGCUGGCCAACCUGCAGCUGGACAUAGACUGUGACCGAGAGACAGAGAGAAUUUUCUCCUUCCUCUCCUCGAACGAUACCAAGCUGCAGAACAUGGAGGAUGCAUGUGCCAGUAUGGCAGUGUACCAGGGCCCUCAGCGGGAGCAGGAGGAAUACUCCAAGUUCACCAUUCAGGAACCCAAAGAGACCUUUCAGACACUCAAACAGCUCAGAAACAUCAUGGAGGAGCUUCAGAGGCAGCACAAUAUCAGGAAUGACACCACAGCGCAGUACGGCAGCCUUGACAACCCCAUAGUGGGGAAAACCUCUUAACCUGGGCCGCCAGGUGUGGCCUACAGCAACCAUACCAGAACACCACAGGGAGCCUAAACGGUCCUAAAGGAGCUCCAGGAGUUCUCCCAGCGACACAUGCCACUGUGUGACCAGGAGAACGACACCCCCCGGCCUCCAGACGUCAUGAGUCCACUACAGUGGUGACGCCCCAGAACAAGCUCGUGAGCUUUUCCAGAAUUGCUCGUCGGUCCUUGAGAUCAAUGAACCCUUAGGUGUUGUCUGUUUGUGUGUUUUGGGCAGUAUGCUGCCUCAUCUCCUCCCCCUCAUCUGCACUGCAGAUCCCUUACAAAGAGACUCUCUCUGUGUCUUAAUUUAUGUCCCCUUUCAUGUCUACAGCUGUGUGAAAAAGGCAUCAUUAGAUGGUGUGUGAAUAGGCUGCUAUUUUUUAAUUCACUCAAUUUUCUAUCAACAGCUGAGAUGAUGCUCUCCCCAUCUUUGAACAUUUUGCUCAGACAUCUGUCUUUAGAGUUGAUUAUUAAUCACCAUCAUUCUGGAGGCUCGUCCUCAACCUGUGCCCCUGUACACCUAAAUCUUUCUCAACUCUUUUAGUGUCUGAACAAAUGUAUAUAUAUUUUCAAAGUACGUAUAAGUAGAUAACACCGAUCUGCCUUACUUUGACGGAUGUUUUCUUUCACAUCAAAUGCUGAGGGAAUAAUGCAGAAGCACUUUAAAUAUUUGGAAAACUCCAAAUAGAAAUGAUUAGAUACUUGGUAUCAGCUUUCCCCAUUUUGAUCAGUUCCAUGAUCUCGAGUACAUUUUUGUUUCAUUCCUGUACAAUAACAUUUAUAGUCUGUAGAUUUUAAGAUAUUUUUCUUGACCAAAGACAAUUUCAUAAGUUUGAACUUGGACUUGAAAAAAAAUUUAAUGUAUUUUGACUACAAAUGGUUUAAAAAUGGAGACAAAUUCUAUAUAUAUAUAUAUAAAUAUAUAAAUCUAUGUAUGUUUGGUUUAUGUGUAUGUUUUUGCUAACAUAUCCUUUACUUUCUAGUGACUUAAAGCAAGCAGUUUGCAUGCGUUCAGUUUUGAAUCCUGAUAGCACGACUGUGGUGAAGAGUUGUAUUUCCCUGUGAUUGUGAAUUGUAUUGGUACGGUGUACAUCAGAUCUGUGCUGUCGCGUCGAGAGCCUCGCAACAUAAUUCUAGCAGCUUCUGUAAGAAAUGACGGUUGAUGGUAGGAAUCGAUCAGAAAAACAAAUCACCCCUGUCAUCGCCGAAGUAGUCCAGACAAUCGCAGCAACCAGAAACAUUCUGCCCUUUUCCUUUGCUUGCAUUUUUCCACCCAUCAGCCCUCUGCAGGACCAGCUGUUGUACUUAAUGGUUUUAGAGAGUUUGUUUGAAACGUGGUGCUCUGUGGUUUAGAAUUCAGUUAUAUUUGUAACAUUUCCACAGCUGUCAGACUCUUGCAGUGACUCCUUCUAAUAAUCACAUCUCUGCAGUAGUGAAGCUGCAUCUGAUGAAAACAGUAAAGAAAAAAACAGUCUGUAAACUCUCAAAGUUAAUUCGAAAUUAUGAAAGCAAGUUGUCAGAAUCCCACAUGAUGUCUUUAAACUCCUUUUUACUUUACUUGAGUAUCGAGUUUAUGAUGUGAAACUGAAAUUGAUACAAGCAACCAAAUGCUCAGAUUUAAGCCACAACCAGCAAUUUUUUUUUUUUUUACCAUUGUGACGUUGAUUUCGCUCUGGACAGAACAAUCAGUUUGAUUUAAUCCUGGUUGAGCCUUUUUGUUCCCCCUUAGUGUUUUCAUCCUUUUACCCGCUUGAACAAUGAAGUGUUGAAAUGAGACAAAAGAAACUUGAAAUAAUUUAAACAACAAAAGUUGGACAUUUAAUGCUGAUAAUACAGGGUUAACCGUGUCUUUUUUUGCGUGUGGAGAUAAGUUGUUUUCACAAGUUCUGUCUUUGGUCCAUCAUAUAUUUCUAACUUGCAUGUCUUGUAUAUUUAACAAUAUAUUUUUCUAGGACAUUGUUUUUGUAUCUUUUUUUUAAACACUGAUUUUAAUGUGUUGCUGUACUGUUUCGGUACUUCGUUCUGUGUCUGCAGUGCUUCUUUGAGGCUGGCUGCUUUUGUUUUUGUCCCUAUGUGUUCUUAUUGACUGUAUGUGGCUGUAGCUGCUGCAAACUUUUCCACUUGUUGAAGCUUAACGCAGUGUUACUGAAGUGAAUAUUGUGCGUGACGUCCAUUGAGCUGCAGCUGCCACCGACUGUGUUCACAUGCAGGCUGUGAGUGAAAGACCUGCCUCAUCAGAGCCAAAAAAAACAGUAAAACUAGUGAUUUUCACAAAGUGAUCAUUGGAGGAAUUUCUUGAGUUGAAAAAAGUACUUAAAACCAAAUUUAAACAAGAAGAUCUUGAUCUGAAUCAGAAAAUCACAGCGUAAAAUCUUGUUCUUUUAAACGGUAUAAGCUUGCAUGUCAAAUCCAUUGCUAGUUUUAAUAAGGCCAGUAAACUGGAGGUUGGUGUUUGUGUGUCAAUGUCGGGUUUUAAUUUCCGUUCUGCUUUUAUUUAUCUGCUUUUGACAAGGGAAUUUUUUAAAAAUGGCACAUAUUCAUAGUAUGUGGAAACAGCGUUCAGGUCGGUGUGACUUUCGUGUGAUGGACUGCGGCCAAAUUCAUAUCAGAACAUUACCAAACUGAAAGGGAAAUGUUCAUAUUUGCUUUGAACUAUCAAAUGAACAUCAAUCAAGGUAUUAGCCAUCUGAUAUUGGUUUGCUGAGCACUUUGUAUUAAUUAUGAAAAUAAGGAAAAAUCCCAUUUGUAUGCAGGAACAAAAUAUAUUUUAGUCUUUUUUUUUUUUUUCAAAGCUGGAAAACAAUUUUAACAUUUUCUUUUCAAACAUGGGCCAAAAGACACUUUUUUUCCUCUCUACAAAUAAACUUGUUCUGUGUUGGAGCAGAAAGUGAGUUUAGCGGACAGUCUGAAGACUCUGUAGGAUGCUUUUGUUUGAAUCAGAAAGCUUCCUCCUGUCCCGUGGAAAGUGGAGGUUUGAAACACCUCCAGCUCAUUUCUUCUGAAUGUCUCUACACAGCUUCAGUACAAUGUCUGUGUUUUUUUUUUAUACAAAUUAAACAUUUUAAUUUCCAUACAUGGUCUGUUCUGUGUCUGUUCACAAUAAACACUUUGCCAAUG